UUUGGAUCUUUAACAAAGAAUAUCGAACAAGAAUUCAAAUAACUCUCUCUUUUAUUAGAAAAUAAGUUCUUACAAGGUUUCUCCUUUAACUCUAUUUUCUAAUACUAUUAAGUUCUUUAGCCUUCUUUGAAUCUUCAAGCUAUUCUUUUCUUAAACUUAAGAUUCAAUGCAAGGAUCUCUCAAUCUAUGAAGUGCUGAUCUUUUUCAAGACCCAGCCUCCCCUAUUUAUACUAAUUGGACUUAGCCACACAAUUGACAAAUUUCCAAUUCUAAUUAAACUAGGAAUUGUUAAUUUCCUUUUUCUUUAUAGUUUAGGAAAUUAACAAUCUUUGUAAAACUUCCUUUUAUCCUUAUAACAAGAAAGUCUUUACUCUUCCAGAAACUUCUUCUUGCUUCAUGUGACUUCUCUUGACUGCCUUGAUGGAUUUUCUCUUUUGAUUCUUUAAUCCUGUUGAUCCACAUCUUGUACUACUUUUGUUUUAGUACAACACAUUUGUCAAUAGAUGCAUCUUCAUAAUGCCUCUGAGAGUCAGAAAGCUAAGCAAGUUGAGGAGCUUCUAAACUAUGUUGAAGAAAUUGCAAGGUUGAAUGGUGAACCAUAUAUGUCUGAUUUCUCUCAUGAGUUAAGGGAAAAUGAAACUGCCUUCCAGAUAAAGCAGAGGAAUUUAGAAAUGAAGAGCUGGUACACAAAACAAGAGAUGUUUCUAAAGAUGAAAGAUAUGGAGAGGUCUUUUGAAAAUCAGCAGCUCAGGCAAAUGAUGGAGAGGGUGGAGACUCAGCUGAAAGAGACAAAAGAGAGGCUAGAGCAGCAGCUGAACCAAGAGCAAGCUGUAAGACUUGAAUUGGAGAAAAGGGCGAUGGAAGCAGAGAAAAUGUCAAGUGAUGUGGUAAAGAAACUGGACGAAGAGCAAGCUGCAAGACUUGACAUGGAGAAAAGAGCAAAUGAAGUAGAGAAAAAUUCAACUGGUGAAAUGGAGAAGCUGAGGGAAGAUCUAAGGAGAGCUCAAGAAAUGGCCAAGGAGCUCAAUGAAAAGGCUAAACAGUGCAUCAUUCUUUGAUUGAUUUUGUGACCAAAAAGACUAAAUUUGAUGCUUGAUGAAUGGAGUGAUUGGUUUCUUGUUAUCUUAUCAUUGACGGAUAUAUAUUUUCCCUAAGUUUUUUUUUUUUGAUAAUCAUAUUUUCCC